AUGACGCUGCAGGUGGACGUCGAUGCUCGGGACAAGCCUCGUCCAUCCACCCCCCUCCCCCUUCCCAGGAGCGAGGAACAGAGAGCACCACGCAAGAGAGGGCGGCUAAGCAGCGAGGCUCAUGGGGACGACGACGUGCAUUAUGUGAAUGGGCUGCCUGUCUGCCUGCGCUGGGCUGCUGCUGGCUGGCUGGCGCUGGCUGGCGGGGAGGAUGAUGCUGCCAGGGUGACGCCGGCGAGGAAGACGAGACAGACACAAAGAACAGCAAAAGAACGGCGCAAAGAAGAGAAUGAAGAAGAAGUUGAAGUGAAGAAGAGAAGAAGAGGAAGAAAAGAUGAGGUUGAAGAAGAGGAGAAGUUGACGUUGAAGAUGAAGUCGAGGAGUUGA